CAAGUAAACAGCUCUGCUUUAGAAUUCUUCUACAUUUUCAAAUAACUGUCUAAACGCUCCAAAUUUUUGUGCAAAAAUGUGGGAAUAUCGCCAGGACAUGCACUUCCAGACGCGGCUGAAAAUGAAUCCUUUCUGCAAAGAAUGGAAAUCUGCUUGCUGGUUCAUGCUGAACGGUUUUGAGCUCUACAACUCUGUGAUGCAAGAACUUCUCUCCGUUGUAUUGGUGGCGAUAGCUGGCGUCAUAUUAGUGGUGCUGAAGCAAUGGCUCAAUCAUGUGAAUAGAGAGCAGCAAACCGCCCCAGAGCCUUCUGCGUCAGACAAUUUUCCAGAGGAGACUCAAAGCCAGGUGUUAAAGGAACCAGUCUUGGCCCACCAAAUAUCAGAAUAUGAAAUGUGUCAAGUCUUCCAAGAUUCAUCUCCCGCACAUCAUGUGGAAACUCAAGCUAAUCCGUUUACUUCGAUUUAUCGAGAUCCGUCAAACGUUUUGCCAGUGGUCCCGAUUGCCAGUGUGGCUGGAUACUUAAUGGAAAGCUGUACCAAUUCGAACAGCUCUCGCCAAGUAUCAGAGACGCAUCCUAGGACGCAGCCAAAGAUCGGAAACAAACCCCAAUUGCUAGCAGCGAAGACAACCAGUCCUAAACCCAAGCCGAAACCAACGUGGAGACUCUAAUUCUACCAUUUGAUCACAGCUCAUUCAAAUUUAAAGUUAUUAUUCG